CGGCUAUUCACUUAAACAACAGUGAGUCAAUCUAAUGGAGGGGCAAUUGGCAAAGCUUCAAAAAAUUAAUCAAGCCCCUCACUCUUUCUCUCUUCCUGUCUCUUAAUCCUCGCUUCUUCCAAGGACGUCACUCAAUACCAGCCAAUACCACCACACUUAACUCUCUGCGAUUUCUCUCCGAAUCGCAGCUUGUUAUAAAUUCUACAAACUGUCACUUCUUCGCUUCAUCCGUCCUCUCUCACGAGGCAUUUCUUUCCGAACCUUCACCAUGGCCUCCCUCGAAUCCCAGAAGCUAUCUCCCACCGAAGAGACCGAAGUUCAGCAAUGGAUCACCACUUCCGAGCGCCUAAAGGCCUCCCCAUCCGAUGCCUCCAUCCUUGACAAACUAAACUCCCACCUGACUUCGCGAACCACUCUUCUCGGCACAAAGCCCUCCAAGGCCGACGUCGCCAUCUACGAGUCCCUGGCUCCCGCAGUCAAGGCCUGGACCCCCGAGCAGCGAACCGGUGAACACGGCCAUCCCCAUAUCCUCCGACAUCUCGACUUUGUCCAGAACUCUGGCGUCUUUGGUUUGAGUGUGAAUGAUGCCGAAAAGGUCAAGGUAGAUCUCGACGAGGUCCUCUACGUAAAACCCCCCGUCGAUGCUAAGGCCGAGAAGGAACGUCUAAAGAAGGAGAAGGCUGCCGCUGCCGCUGCCGCCGCGGGCACGACUGGUGAAGGCGGAGUAGCUGCUACCAUUGUCGACCGAACCAAGGCUGCGGCCGAGGCAGUUAAAGAUGCCGCUGUGGACGUGAAGGACAAGGCUGCUGCGGCCGUGGGAGCAGGCGCCGGCGCCGAGAAGCCCAAGAAGGAAAAGAAAGAAAAGGCCCCAAAACAACCCAAAGCCCCUGCUGUCGCCACACCACCGGCGCCCCAUUUGAUUGAUUUACGAGUCGGUCACAUCCUCAAGGCCAUCAAGCACCCCGAAGCCGACAGUCUCUUCGUUUCCACCAUCGCCAUGGGCGAUAAGCCCGGUACCGACGAUACCGAGGAGUACGAGGGCCAGGUCUGCCGUACCGUCUGCUCUGGACUGAACGGCCUGAUUCCGCUGGAGGAUAUGCAGAACCGAAAGGUGGUUGUGGUCGCCAACCUAAAGCCAGUCAAGAUGCGGGGAAUCAAGUCGUGCGCCAUGGUGUUGGCCGCGUCGCCAAAGUUAAAGGAGGGCGAGGUGGACGACCACAAGGGCCCGGUGGAGCUUGUCACCCCGCCUGCCGACGCGAAGGCGGGUGAUAGAGUAUGCUUUGAGGGCUGGAGGGGCGAGCCUGAGGGCGUCCUCAACCCCAAGAAGAAGGUCUGGGAGACGUUCCAGCCGGGCUUCACCACGACGGAUAGCUUGGAGGUUGUGUUUGACGGACACCUAGUUAAGGAGGCGGGUAAGGAGGAAGUCGGCAAGCUCACCACGGCUAGCGGUGGCAUUUGUACAGUACAGACCUUGAAAGGCGCUACCGUACGAUAAAUCACGUCACGGCCCAUGAUCCGGCCGGCAAGUGAAGGAUCUUAUUUAACAAAGAUGAAUGAGUACCAAAAAAAUUACUCCCGUUGAUUGUUCGUUUUCAUUUUCCCAUUUUUAACUAGGUACCUAACCUAGACCCCUCCCCCCUUUUCUCUCCUUUUCUCUACAUGAGGGCACACGCUCGCGCGCGCCACACAAGCCCGAGUUUUCUCGGACAAACCAAUCUAAGCCAUGUUAAACAAAUAAACCACUUCCAUUCCUAUACAGCAGCUGUAAUAGCCCGGUCACUUGUGAUGCCAUCUACCAGUAGUUCUUAGGGGUUUU